ACCGCAAGGGAGAUUUUUGUGCCAGGAUGUCGUCGCAGUUGGAGACGGCCGUGGAUAGUCUCAUCUCCGUCUUCCACAGCUACUCCGGCAAGGAAGGGGAUAAGUACAAGCUGAACAAAAAGGAACUGAAGGAUUUGCUGCAGAAUGAGCUGGGCGGUCUCUUGGAGACCCAGAGAGACCCGGAGGUGGUGGACAAGAUCAUGCAGGACCUGGAUGAGAACGGCGAUGGCGAGGUGGACUUCCAGGAGUUUGUGAUCCUGGUGGCUGCCUUAACCGUGGCCUGCAACCCUUUCUUUUCGGAGGGCACCUAAGCUGCGGUCGUGGGAACGCAAAGCUUGGGAGUCGGGGGGAGGGUCCAGCCCCCCCAGCGGCUGUUUGCUGCCCCUUUGCAAGGCCUUUUCCCUUCUUGCGGCUUCUCUGCCCAGCUGGGGCGCCAGGGGAGCACCCCCCAAAGUGCCGUGUAGCCACCUGCUGAGACAGCGCUGCUUAUUAAAGCCGUUGAGUGAA